CCACAUUUGAGGAGGCUGAUGGCCCGGAUUUGGGCGUGCCCGCCGAAGCCGGUGGUAAUGCCCUCCUCAACGUCCUUGUUCCCGUUUUGUUUUCUUUCUUUGCUAACUUUGUUUGUUUCCUUUGCUAUGCAGACUUUGUUAUGGAUCGCAGAUCCAUUAUGAAUAGGGUUGCAGCAAAAGCAGCCGCGGAACUGGCCGCCAAGGGGGUAGCAGAGCUAGCCGCGGCAGGUGGAGCAUAGCCGAGCUCUGACCAGCCGAAGAAGCUGCCCACCCAGCCGAAGAAGAAGCGGCCGGUGGAUGACAGCCAGAAGAAGCUGACGGAGGCUGGUUUGCAGCCCUCCAAGAAGUCGAAGAAGACUUCUCCCUUGGCCGAUGGUGAUGCUGGGGCCAUGACUGUUCCGGCUGGAGACGUUGGAGGUUCCAGUGCUGCUGGUAUAGUGGACGUGACACCCGGUCCUUCAUCCACUGCUGUCUCUCAACCUCCCCUAUUGUCCAAGACUCCCGGAAGAAGAGGUCCAGCAACGAGUUGGUCAGAGGGACCUACAAGCUGGAGGUUGAAUACCCCGUCAAGGGCGGUGUGUUCAACGAGAUCAUUGACGACCACGAGGUGAUCUCCCAGGCUGUCCCAGACGAGGACCGGGCUUAUCUCAACGGGCUCGGUAAUGUCAAGAUCUAUGACAGUGGAAUGGACCACCUCGUCCAAGCUGCCUUCAUGCUUAUGGAGAGCAACAAGAGGCAGCAGCGGGAGAUAGUCCGACUGAAGGAAAUUGAGCAAAGGGUUGCCUCUGCCGAUGAGGCCUUGAGUUGCCUGGAUUGGCUACGGGGCGAUGUGGAGGCCCUGAAAAAGAAAGCUGACAAGGCCGAUGCGGCCAUUCGUCAAGUGACUGCCGAUAGGGACGAUGCCCUGAAGAAGCUCGCCGAGGAGAAGGAGGCACAUGAGGCUGUUCAUCUCCGUGCUGUUGAGGCCAAGAAGGCCAGAGCUGAGGCCGAGCAGGCUGCCGACGUUGCCAUUGAGAAGUUCUUGGCCGACGGCCGGAAAGCUGAGGAGCAUCGGCCUUGGAGUUUUGAGGUUGUGGCGGCCAGGCUCGAAGAUUGGGGCCAGCAUAGCCCUGAAGGCCAAGAGUACUUCGAAAGGGAAAUGAAGGUGUACUAUGACCUCGGCCAACAAGGAAUGCAGUAGCUAAUCUACUGGAGGUUACGCCGUAUAUGUCUGGAGUUGAAGCUGACGAAGAAGUUCGCUCAUCAGCUAAAGCUGCCGCAGAAGAUGAGGGAUCCGGAGGAUGAGAUCAAGCUCCCCGUCGAGGAGAGGCAAUCCCCCAUCUAAAUCUCGGGCAUCGGCGAGGAUGAUUGGGAUGAUGAUGACGUAUUCCUGGACACCGCUUCUUCCGCGGCCGUUGAAGGUAGUGAUACGCCUAUUCAAGAAGGCGACGAGGAAGAAGCUUGAUCCCCUUUCUUUUAUUUCUACGCUCAAUAUGUAAUGGCUGUAGUGCCCCCUUUUGUACUUCAGAUUUUUGAAUGCAAAUAUGUGGUUGGCUUUCC